UGUGGUUGUCUUGUCGUCUACCGGUUCUGGUUCAGUGCAAUUCUGUUCGUUCGCUAGCUAAGUAGUCGGUAGGGUUGGUUGUGUCUUGAUGGUUGUUGAAGCGCCGAAGCCGUCUUCGUUUUCGUGAGGUGAGACUGAAAAGUGAAUAUAAUAUAAACGAUCGUGGCCUCGUCUUGUAGCACUGAUUUAAAAUUCAAGUGCACAAUAUUUUAACGAUUACAAAAAUACCUAUAAUAGGAAGAAAAAAGUGGAGAAAUCAUAGCUUUGACUUUGGGUACCUACUUCUGUUUUGUUUUGUGUUCUAAAAAAAAAGAUAGGAAGGAAGAAUGAUAUUGAAACCCAAGUACCUAGUUUCCCGAAUUUCUACCAAAAUUCAUGUGUGUUUAUAGAAAGUGACUACCUCUAGUUCUUAUAACGUUUGUGUGGCUUACCUGUCCUUUACACCCGCACCGCAUCAAUUUAUUGCCUACCUUUUUAUCUACCUAGGAAGGCCAGGGUGUUUAGUUCCUAAAUCCUGUUUGUGCUUUCCAAUGUGUAGUGUGUGUUUCGUCUUCGUGCUUAGUCGUGACUCAAUGUGAAAAAGCAGUGAACAAUUGUUGUUGGUUUGGUUUGUGUUGUUUGUUUCUUUGGUGAACCUACCAAUAAAGGUUCAAACGGUUCUGCAACUACUCUCUGUAUGUUAAGAUCUUGAACUUGGUCCAAUAGAAAUAAAUCGGUUAAACUUCGUCCUACUUUCAUAUUUUCCACUCCGCUCGAAGGGAAACUAAACAAAAAAAAAACCUCGCUACCUUAGCAACAAACAAACUACAAAAAUUAAAUAAAAAUAUUCCAAGCCACCGUUAAUUCGGAAAUUGCGAAAUAGUGCUGAUGUUUUAAUUUUGUAGGUAUUUUUUUUUUUGAAAACCCGUGUUAUGUGAUAUAUUUGCUUGUGAACGUAACUUCGUCUAUUGUGAAUACUAAGCUCUGUUAUAUGCUAUACGAGUAUAAUUAAGUGUGAGAAAAGCCAUCGUUCGGUUGUCGGCGUUCGUCGUAUAGCUAUCAGCCGUCAUCGUGUCACACGCUUGUUUUGAGAUCAGAUGGUAAAAAUAAAGUGACGCUGAGAAUCCACUAUAACCUCUUACCUAUGAUGAUGGUAUGAAGAAGAUUUAGUCAAACAAUUCGAUUUGAAAAAAAGGUGUUUGAUAGCAAUUUAAUGACGUAUGAAGAAGAAAAUGAUCAAACAGAUACCAGUCGAAACCACAGAUUUUCUCCGAAUUCCAAUAUGCCUUCUAAUGACGAAAAUCCCAUCAAUAAUCGGCCGUACAAACAGAGAACAAGCAGCACAUUUCUGACAGAACAUCUUCGAGCACAACAAUCAUCGAAUUCUAAUCUUGGCGCUCAGCAAUUAAAGUCAAAUCGUACUAGUGGACGUUUGUAUCCGCCAUCAUCUGAUGAAACUAUCAAUCGAGCUCGAAAGAACUUCCCUAACUCAUCAACGUUAGAAAGACCGACAGCAACAGCAACAACAACACCUUCAGCUGUCGAAGGUGGUAUUUAUAUUAUAAGUGGAAAAAGUACGAAUAGUAAUACCUCGACAAUGGAUCGAAGAAAGCACAACAACCACAACGCUAAUAACAAUAAUAUGGUUCCUCAAAACACAGCUAGUUAUUCAUCAGCUACUGGAAUGUCAUCGGUGUCAUCGGCUAAUGGCAUUGGCAGCGAGAGUAGUCAUACCACAAACGACGUGAUAUCGGAAUGCCAAAGCAAUUAUGCGGGUAACGAGGUGGCCAAUGGAGAUUUUCAUUUUGUCACAGCUGCGGAAUCUUCACCGACGAAAAAUCUAUCAAGUGGCGGAAGUUUUAAUAUUAAGAGUGGUUCAACUGUGAAGUUAUUGCCAGCAGGAGAUGAAGAUUCAAACACACAGACAAAAUGUUCGGUAUUUCGAGGUCUUGUGCUGUGCAUCUGCCUCAAUGUAUCUUAUGCCAAUAUUGUAAGAUUUCCAAGGGAACUUGAUCGAUAUGGUUCGGCAUAUUUAAUACCAUAUCUAGUACUACUAUUUCUAGUCGGUCUGCCAACAAUAUUAUUGGAAAUAUCAAUUGGUCAGUUUUUGGGACAAGGAGCAGCGCACACAUGGAGAUCAUCACCUAUUUUUAAAGGAGCCUGCAUAGUCAGUAGAUUUGCAUCUUGGUUAGCGUCAGUAUGGAUUUCACUGCAGGCCGUGGUUUCCGUAGCAUACAUCGGAAUGUUUCUAACCAAACUAUUGCCAUUCAACGAAUGUGUGGGGGAUAUAAAAUUAGCUUUAAAUGGAUAUAAAGUGGUUGGCAACAAUGGCGUUGAAUGCAUUCAAAAGACAUUUCUAACACCUUUUUGGGAAAACCCAUUGUAUUUUGGACUUUUAGCAAUAGGUUUAAUAUUUAUUUGGAUGACUGUAAUGUUUUGUACCCAUAACGCCAAAGUUUACCGACGCAUAUCAUUUUUCUUUGGUUUGAUUGGGUUCGUUCUGCUCUGCGCUCUUACUUCAUGGGAAGUCCAUGGUUCCUUGGAACGUCAAUACUUUCCUGAGCUGUGGCCAUUUAAGGAGACACUUCUUUUGGACAGUUCCAUUUGGUUUAAUGCCCUCGUUCAAGUGAUCUAUGCCACCAAUAUCGGCUUUGGAGCUCUGCCCGUGAUCACGGGGAAGUUUCUCUACAAAGGUGACGCUGUCCGUACAUCUGUGGUGUACCUCUGCUUCAAUCUUCUUGUCAACGCCAUAUCAGUAACAUUAUUUAUGGUUCAGUUUGAUAAUUUAGCAUCGAGGAGUUUGAGCAACCUCGAGGCAUUAAAACCACUUACAGCUAUCUACGAUCGAGUCUUGAACGAACCAAGUGGUUUGUUGGCCAAACUUAUCCCAUGCUUAAUCUACGCAUUGAUUGUAAUAUCAGCGAUUAUCUCGAUUACCAUUGCGAUUUAUACUUCGACACGAAUGGUUCCUCGUCAUCCAAACUACGUCAUAAGUUUGAUCGGGUUUGUGGCCGCUGUUAUAGCUCUGGCCGCACCAAAAUUCAUCAUUCCUCGCGUCUUGGAUACCAGAAUUGUGGGUACUCUAGUGAUCACGGCACUCAUCUUUGACCUUAUAGCCACCACUUGGAUCUACGGAGCUAAAAACAUCUACACGGACCUGGAGUUCUCCAUUGGUCGACCGAUCUUCAAAGGAUGGGUGUACCUUUGGUGUUUGGGACCAGCUUUUCUAACUGGAGUUCUGGUCUGGUGGUGUGCCGACGACGAUGAAGGUGAUCUUCUGUCCACUUACAUGCCUCGAUGGGCUCCUAUACUCUUUGUUAUUGGAGUAAUUUUGAUCAUAGCCUGUGUGGAAAUAUUCAAGCAGGUGGAUUACAAUUUCUUUGGAAUGAUCUGCGAGGCGGCUAAACCAGCCAAGGAAUGGGGACCAGCGGAUCCAUUGGCAAGGCAUGCCUGGAAGCAGUGGCGAUCCGUGUGUCAGGACACGGGCCGGAAAGAUUUCACUCUUCGUCGCCGAGGAACUCGGGACUACACCCAUUCCAUAAAGAAGGGCCAGUACUCCACAUCAAAAUACGGCACAAACAAUUGGAAGUCUUCAACACCUGGCAACAGUUCACCCAAUUACAGUGGAUCAGUGUUUGGCGACUCAGCGAUAGAAGAGGACAUCAGCGUAGAUAAGUAUUCCGGCAUAAACCAACAAUUCACAGCAUUCCAAAGCAACGACGGGAAGGGAAUGCGUUACUCGAGCAGAUCCCGACAGCCCAUCCCAACAACACCAAAUGAACGACGAGUUCCUCAUCAACAGAAUCCAAAUGCCGCCGAUCGCCAUAAAGAAGUUGUCUACAUCCGGAGACUGUCAAAUGGCGAGGGCAACUCUCACUCGACUCGAAUAGAGAUUACCCCCUCGAAAGAGUCCAUCACCUACGGCACUCGUAAUCCCAUGGGAAGGAAUCUAAAUGCCACCUACAGUAUUCCGCACCGAACGAACAGUGUGAACAGACAUCCUGUUCAAGCGAAUGGUCAAGUUCCAGGAGCUGGAGUUGGAGGUGUUGGUGACGUAGCCACUGGAGAUCACAUUUGCUGGCGAAAGUUCUCCGUUAAUGCCGAAGAGUACUCCACCGAAUUGUGAUGUCGCGAUGCAAGCGCCGCCAUCGCCGCUUCGGUCGGCCGCCCAAAGACACCAUAUUAUUUUUUGUAAAAGACUUAUCGUUCAGUUCGAAGAAAUCGCCCUUAUAAGAAAUUAUUAUAUAUAAUGGCGACACUUUAUUCGACACUGGUUUGAUUACACAUAAUAUUAUUUUUGUAAAUAAAUUAUACCUAUUUUUUUUAAGUAAACACAAAAAUUUAAAUACAUUGGUAAGAAGAAAGUAAGAUAAAGUAUAAGUAUGACUUUGACUCUUAUUAUUUAUGUUAAUCUCUAAAGCGAGUUUUGUUAAUUCUAAAGUAAAUUUUGUAUAUAUGCAAUUAGUUAAAAUAUUAAAACAAUAAUUAAGAAUGGAAAAUAAAAAUACACUCAAUGAAAUUAUAAAAUAAAA